AUGAACUGUCUUCUCGCCAUCCUCUUCUUCACGGGCCAGGACACGCCACAAAGCCAUCGUCUGGCUUUAGUGAGCAACUCUCCUAUUCCCGUCAACGAAAUAUACACUCUACACCACAAUGAGGCCUUCCCAGAUCCUCGGAAAGGUUCCGACGUAUAUAAGACGCAUGUUGAUGUCGAGGAACCCGGCACAUAUGUUACCGUCUAUUGUUCAAGGAGUUGGCAGAGCGAUGAAAUUCGCUUAAGACUCUGGGACGCGCGAGAUAAACUCUCAAACUAUGGGAGAGGAGACCCCAUAACGAGGACUGAAAUAGAAGUUAAUUGCCUGAGUCUCAUUCGUUCAAUGACCAGUAAACCGCAGAUCUCCGCAGUUCAUAGCAAAGAUCUGAUAGAAACCGGAAAAUGUACUCAAAAAGCUUUGGGAAACCUAGCGCUUGAAUGCAAAUUUAAAUCUCAGGGUAUGUAUCUAUCCGACGUAGAUAGAUACAAAAACUUUCGCCCUACGGUUAUCUUUGAUACACCCAUCGAAAUGUCGAGUUUGGCUGGGGACGGUAAGUUUAUACAUGUGGCAAUCAUAGGAAUAUUGAAAUAUGCACUUGCUUGGUGUAACGGUAAUAUUCACCUCUUCCGAAAAUCAUUAAGUCUAGACAUAUGGCUUCCAGAAACAUCCAUUAUUUACGCACCAAAAAAUGGAGAAAGGAUUACCGAUUUUUUGUUGAAAACAAACCCGCAAAUAAAAACGGCAUGGUCGCAAUCGACUCCGAGUCUCGGUUACAUCCGUAGUACUCAAUCUCAAAAGCUUCGUGAAGACAAAGGAUCAUUUCCCAUAUUGGGGACUAAAAUCAGGGGAGGCAAGAUAAAGGUGGAUAAUGUUGAAACCUAG